GCAGUGUCCGUCCGUUACCCAAAUCAGUCCCGUCUAAAAAUGGCGGAGUAUAUACAUGUCGUUCGAAGGGCUUUGGGACAGUUAAGAGGUCACGGUGGUGUGAAAGGCUUAUUUGUUCAGUUAUUCAGGGCAAAUGAUGUGAAAACGGGAGCGCUGAUUGGCGUGGACAAGUAUGGAAACAAGUACUUUGAGGACACACGCUACUUUUUUGGUCGUCACCGCUGGGUGAUCUACACAACGGAGAUGAAUGGAAAGAACACCAUGUGGGAGGUGGAUGGCAGCAUGGUGACCGCUGAAUGGCAUCGCUGGCUGCACUGUAUGACAGACAACCCUCCCACCACACACCCUCCUACGCCCAAGAAGUUCCUGGCGGAGGUCCACCAGUUCAACGUGAGUGGUUCGGCCCAGGCGUACGUGCCCUACUCCACCACCCGCAAGAAGAUCCACGAGUGGGUGCCCCCAAAGGCUCAGUGACCCUGCUGUGACCCGACCUGACCUUCAACCUCUGACCCGUGACCUUGUUCUGUAAAUUAUGAGUUUGAUUUCCUGUGUGUGCGUUCACCAGCACAUCUUUGCUUCUAAAUAAAAUCUAAUCUAUAUGGACACUG